UUCAACAGGACUCCUACAGAACUACUCUGGAGAGAAAGGGCAGACUCAAUGGCUCUGUAAUUUGCAUGACAAACAACUAGAGCUCUUUUGUAAGGAUGAUAAACAGCUUGUGUGCCAGUUGUGUAGAGAGUCCAAACUACACAAAGAUCACAACUUCAGUGCCAUUGGAGAAGCAGCAAUAGAGCUGAAGGGGGAGCUGAUGGUCAAAUUGCAGGGGAAGAUGAAGGACUAUGAAAAGGCCAGAGAUGACUGCCAUCAAACAGCUGACCAUAUCAAGACUCGGUCCAAACACACAGAAAAGCAGAUCCAGAAGGUGUUCUUCGAGCUUCACCAGUUUCUCCAAGAUGAAGAGGCAGCCAGGAUAUCUGCACUGAGGAAGGAAGAGGAGCAGAAGAGUCAGAUGAUGAGGGAGAAGAUUGAGAAGAUGAGCAGAGAGAUCUCAUCUCUUUCAGACACAAUCACAGCCAUAGAAGAGGAGAUGAUAGCUGGAAAAAUCAAAUUUCUGGAGAACUACAAGAGCACAUUUGAAAGAGCCCAGUCCACACUACAGUAUCCAGAGAGGCUUUCAGAAGGAGCUCUGAUCAAUGUGGCGAAGCACCUGGGCAACCUGAAGUUCAGAGUCUGGGAGAAGUUACAGGAGAUUGUUCAAUACACUCCUGUCUCUCUGGAUCCCAACACUGUACAUCCAGUACUCCUCCUGUCUGAGGAUCUGACCAGUGUGAGACUUGGUGAUGAGAAACAGCAGCUUCCUGAUAACCCAGAAAGAUUUGACUUGGCUGCCAGUGUGCUGGGCUCAGAGGGCUUUAACUCAGGGACACACUGCUGGGAUGUGGAGGUUGGAGAGAACACACAGUGGAGUGUGGGUGUGAUGACAGAGUCGGUCCAGAGGCAGGGAAACUUCAUCUCCAUGGGUGGACUGUGGUCUGUGUGGUAUAAAGAUGGUGAAUAUAAAGCAAGAGUCACACCACAACCCUCUACUCUCCUCACAGUGCAGCAGAAACUCCAGAGGAUCAGAGUGCAGCUGGACUGGGACAGAGGAGAGCUGACAUUCUCUGACCCUGAUAAUAACACACACCUACACACUUUUACACAUACUUUCACAGAGAUAGUGUUUGAUCCUGAUCGUAACACAUACCUAUUCACCUUUCCACAGACACCUUUCACUGAGAGAUUGUUUCCAUACUUUAGUAGUUAUUUUCCUCUGAGGGUCCUACCGGUGAAGGCCUCAGUAGGAGUUAAGUAGCAAAGCUAGAGCUCAUUUCAUAUUUUCAUAUCUUAAUGGCACCUGCACUUACUGUUCUGUAUAUUUAAUGUGCACUUUGUAUCUGCAAGUGUUGUAUGAUUAUGUCUUCAGAUGUAGGGCGCUUUGAAUAAAACAGCUGGCAACAGCUGUUUAUUGGCCGUUAGGAAUGUAACAUUUGGUGUAUAGGCUACUCGUACGUUGCCCAAAUCCGUACGUUGCCCAUAAGCACACCUUCUAACAUCGGGAAGGAAAAUGCACAUGACAUGACAUGGAGAGAUGCAAACCUGCUAAACCGUCCGCGUUUCUGGUUGAUUGACAGCUUGAAAUUAGACAUUACAACAAAACACAUGAAAAUAAUUAACAGCCGCAGUCAACAGUGUUUCAGUUGUCAAUAUGGAAGGGGGUUGAUUCCUUUCCUGAUGAUAAUGGUCAAUGACACGUUUGAUUGUCAGCAGAAAAGAUAAUUAUAAUAAACUUUUGUUUAGUAGUGUGCUCAGUCCCUUUAAAGAAAUGUGAAAAAAUGUUAUAGUGGGUGCUCUUUGGUCCAAAGUUUGUUGAAAAGAAAAAAAAAAACUUUUCUUCACCAAGGCGUUCCACAAAGUGUAGUAAUGUGUUUAUUGUAAUGACAUGUCCAGUGAGGACUUUUUAAAAUUGCCAUAAUAAACUUUGUUUUGAAAUAAGGUCAAGAAACUGGCAGAAAGAGCAGCCCAGACCAUUACUUAGGAGAGUUACAUGCGCUGUCCAGCUAUUCUGCACUCCACUGUGUCAUGUGCACACAGUUUCUCUCCUGCCCUACCUAGGGGUGUCCUACGAGAGAAUUAUCUUUUUGUCAGAAACCGGACAGAUGAGGACUUAAGUUUAGUGUCUUUAUUCAUGGGUAAGGGGGAAUGGGAGUUUGCUGGGAAGUCCUUGGUGCUGUGUGUGUGUGUGUGUGUGUGUGCGUCACAAUAAUAGAGCGGCGUCUCGGGCAGAGAAUGGAGAGUGAAGACUGAAGAAUGAAGAGUCAGGGCCCGCUCGUAUGGAGAUCGGAGACCUGGGGGAACACACACACACAUCAGCCAGAUGAUCCAAGGCAGAAUACAGACAAGGGUUUGGCAAUAUACGUUGUAAGAGACAGAAGGCUGAUUCAGGUUACCGGGGUAGGAGAUCAGAGAGUGCUUGAGGGUUGAUCCGGAGGGCUGGUCAGCUAUACAUUACGUGGAAACAGCACCUAAGGUGGUUAACGGGUAGAUUUCUUGCAUAGUGCACAUGUUGCUCGAUUCCUGCAAUCUUUGGAGAUAUGCCCUUUCCUCAAACAUGCAGAACAUAACCUAUUAUCCAUCACGAAUGUUCUCUUCUCCUCAGUAGGUCUUUCCAUUCAUAUUUCUCAUUUGUGCGUGCUGUGACUUUCUCCACAAAAUGCACACAUAGCUGAUUAAACAUACUCCACUGUUGUCAAGAAGGAAUUGGAAUCUUCAGAGUCACGAUCAUCACUAGAAUUAGCUGCAGUACACCUUGUCUCAGAGGGGCUCACAUUUGUGGCAAAAGUAUUAGCAUGUGAUUGUUUUGUCUCUUUAACUGUCCUUACCUCAGUAUUUUAAUGGCAUGCAGUGAUGACACAGGGUUGCACGCUACACGUGCCUCUUUUGCAAUGAAUGCUGCAAACUGACUGAAGCCAGAAUAGUCUUUGCCAGCUCGUCUGUGACGUGACGAUUCCACCUACUUGUCACCCAAUCAGGAAGUUUAGUAAGCAUCUUCUGGUUCUCUUCACAGUCAUUCAGGACCCGAAGGCACUUAACAUGAGGCAUAGCAUCACUACUACAAUAUAUGGUUAUGAGGAAUAUUCUUCCUCACACGCGGGGACCAUUAAAUGUAGGUACUCUUGCAAUUAAUGGACGUGAGGAAUAUUCUUCCUCACCAAGGGGCAACGUUAAUGUAGGUUCAACGGCAGUUAUGCAAUCAAAAUUACAUGGCUACCAUUAAAGUAAGGGAAGUACAGUCAUGUAAUUAUAAUUACAUUAUGAAGUAUAUACAGUUCCAGUUCCAACAAUAUACAAUAUACAGUUCCAAAUAUGUAAUGUGUCAUUACUAUAUGUGAGGAAUAAGAGUACAAGAAAUGAUGUGCGAAGGGUGUGUUAAACUCUUCUCGCUGGGUAUCAAUAAUGUGUAGGUGUGUACUUAUGGAAUCGUCAAUUGUGUAAUUAAUGAUUAAACCACGUUUCAUGACCGUCUCGUAAUCAUCUGAAGGUUUUGUGUGAAUUCUUUUCUGGUUGACUUCGUAGAAAUUGUUCAAAUAAGGCAAACACGGUCCACCACAAUGCACAUUUAUUGUAAAAGCAUCAUCCAGUCAUAACACUGAUACAGCCAAUGUGACU